CCCACUUUCACUGUACUUUGGUGACUUAGAUUAAUGUUAAAGUCUAAUUCUACAGACUGGUGAGGUUAAAGCUCAUCAACAAACUCUGCAAAUAGCAUCAGACAACAAUAACUGUCAGCUGUUACACGACCACGUUGACUGAUUGGCGGGUUGCGUGCCGGUGCAGACUCGACGCCUCCGGGUGUUUCAUUACAUCACAUCUGGUCCGUCGCCGUUUAAACAAACGUGACGGAUCACAAUGAGAACUGGUUCUGUCUGUACAGUGAAGCCACGCCUUCCUCCGUGUGGUCACGGGUUCGCUGUGUCACGUGAGCAGCGACCGCCUCAUGCAAACAGGAUGCAGACGUUGAGUUCACGGCUCCGGCUGAAGUCUGAAGGUUUAACUGUGUUUUACAAGCUCUUCUUCCCAGAGAGCAUGAUCGCCGACAGCACCGACGUCAGCAAGGGGAUGACGUCAUCGGAUCUCAUUCAGAACCUGCUGAGAUCCGGGACGUGUCCGGAGAUCCAGGGCUUCCUGCAGGUCAAAGAGCCCAGUCGCAAGUCCUGGAAGAAGGUCUACUACUUCCUCCGCCGCUCCGGACUCUACUGCUCCACCAAAGGCUCCUCAAAGGAGCCUCGACACCUGCAGUACGUGGCUGAUCUGGACGAUCUGAACGUUUACACGGUGGUGAACAGCCGAAAACAGUACGGAGCGCCAGCGGACUUCACCUUCUGCAUUAAGCCUUCCAGGAAUCCGCUCCGACUUCAGGACCUGAAGAUCUUGUGUGCUGAGAACGAGCAGACUCGAACGUGUUGGACGUCGGCCUUCAGGCUCUUCAAGUACGGGAAGCAGCUCCAGUCCAACUACCAGUUAUCAAAGUCGGCCCCGAGGCACCUGGAAGGAACCAAAGUGGUGGAUGUCAAAUCAAAGUCUGAGGCCAGUCUGGUGGCCAUGGACUUCUCAGGGAAGACCGGAGGACGGGUCAUCCAGAACCCCAUGGAGGCCCAGAGCGCUGAGAGGGAGGAGGGACAAGCCUGGAGGAGGAGAGAAGCUCUGAGGUGCAGUCUGCCCAACUUGAACUCUGGAGCCAAACCGUCCUGUAAGUCCACAUGAGAGGAGACCUGGUCCGGGGUUCUUCUCAUUCCUCAGUUUGUACAUCCUCGCCUCCUCGUCUCACGUCCUAGUCUCACCAAG